CCGAACUGGGUAAAAGCCUGAAAAUAGUAGAACUAUCGAGGGGCACUAUCGUCACAAGGAUCUAUAAAUGAAAUAAAAAACAAAAUCCACUUCAUAAUACACAGCACAGCAGAAAGCCAUAAAUGAAAGGGUAAAGGAAUUGCAAGAUGGAGAACAUGAAUAACUUUUGGCAGUUGGGAGAUGAUCUUCGUGGACAAUCGAAAGUCGCAGAGGAUAACAAAUGGUUGAUGGCUGCAUCAAAACUGGCUGAACAGACGAGGAUAAAGGGUGAACGUAUGAACAAUCUAGAUCUUUCUAUGGGUCCAGCUGAAAUGAGGAUAAGGGAUAAAUUUGGGUUCCAGGAAGACAACAAAUUUGAGAACCUUAACUUUACUAUGUUGAAUUUGAACUCCAAGAUUGGAAAUAAUGUAAGCAAAAGUUCCUUCCAAAAUGGUAGUUACAAUAUGAAUGCUGUUUACCAGAAAAACAACAGCAAUACCCUUGGAACCCUCGCUGGCAACAAUCAUAGCAGCAAAGACGUCAACUAUAACAGCAACACCAACAAUAACAAUAACAACAGCAAUGAGACAAGCAAUGUUGUUGACAAACGAUUCAAGACUUUGCCUGCCACGGAGACACUUCCAAGAAAUGAAGUGCUUGGAGGAUACAUCUUUGUUUGUAACAAUGAUACAAUGCAGGAAGAUUUAAAGCGUCAACUGUUUGGCUUACCACCAAGAUACAGGGACUCUGUUCGGGCAAUCACACCUGGCUUGCCUCUCUUUCUCUAUAACUACACUAGUCAUCAAUUGCAUGGUAUUUUUGAGGCAGCAUGUUUUGGGGGUUCUAACAUUGAUCCAACUGCUUGGGAAGACAAAAAGUGUAAAGGCGAGUCAAGGUUUCCUGCUCAGGUGAGAAUCCGUAUUAGGAAAGUCUGCAAAGCAUUGGAAGAGGAUGCUUUUAGGCCAGUCUUGCACCACUAUGAUGGUCCUAAGUUUCGUCUCGAGCUCUCAGUUCCUGAGACUUUGGAUCUAUUAGACCUUUGUGAACAAGCAGGCUCUCCAUAAGCAAAAUGUUAGCCGAGUGCAAAUCAGCAGUGUGCUUUUCAAAGAUUUUCAUAGAACGCAAGUUGUGGGUGCAAGUCCGGUUGGUGAAAUCAUCUUUGAAAAAAAAGUAGGAAAUGAAGUUGGCCAGUUGAAUAAAUGCAUUAGUGUUUUGUCAAGAUGCUUUGUAAAACCUCUUUGCAUGAUAAUCUAUGAAUCAAAAACCUUAUAGAUAGACU